UACAACUAUAAACUCUAACAAGCAACCCAUAAACUACAGAGAAGUAAAGUAGACAAGACCAUUAACGAUAAGAAGAAGUAAUGAGUUACAACCAAACACUCUAAUAAGAAGUAAUGACCGAACCAUAAACUACUUUCAGUAAUAACCGAACCAUAAAAUCUGACAAGCUACACAUAGAACCACAAAGCUAGUAACAACUUAUUAAAUAUCAGUUUACUUUUACGCAAGUACAACAACCUCUUUUGCAUUUCACAUGUAUAUGAACAGAUUUACUCUUUCAAAACUAUGAGAAUAAUUAUGAACAAUGACUAUAAACACUUGAACAAUUAUGCUAACUCAAUCAAAGGAAAUUCACAAAUGAACAGUGAGCAUAAACACUUGAACAAUUAUCCUAAAUAUGAAAAGAUGAACAGAUUUAGUCAAUCAAAACUAUGAGAGAAUUUCGAACAAGAGUUCAUAAACGCAGGAACAAUUUUGUUUACUCAUUCAAAAGAAUUCACAUAUGAGAAAUUUAGCAAAAAUAUUACACACCAUCACAAUUACAAACCAUCACAAUCAGGAAGUAUUAUCACUCUAAAAAAAAAUUCUAACCAAGACGGAGAUAGAUCAAAUCAUCAAUCGUAAGCUCUAUAUCGCACGAAAAAAUUAAUCUAACCGAGACGGAGAUUGAGAAAACACAAACCUGUUUUCGAUUGGAUCGCCGUCGAGAGAGAGAGAGAAUACGGAAAUGCCGAGAAUGCUUUCCACACCGAAACUCGUCUUUCCCCUACAAAGACGAUGCAUGCAACGCAAUCGUCACAACAGAUACCAAUCAAACCCACAUAUACAUCGACUUGUAAAUCGUAAAACAGAGGACAGAGAAGAGCACAUACCUUGUCUAUAUUCGAUUCGGCAGAGAAGUCUUCGAUUACACGACUGAUCGGUGUCGCCGUCGAAAUAGAGAGAGAGGAGUCGAGAUCGCCGUCGGAAUAGAGAGAAAGGAGUCGAGACCAAGAUUAUUCGAAACCGAUCUUCGUGUUUCCUCUACCCCUUUCGGUUUUCCAAUCAAACUGUGCCACGUGCUCCAUAAGGACGAGCUCGGACGCUCCUUGAUUAACCCACGUCUCUCUUCUUUUCUUUUAUUUUUUAUUUAUUUUUCGGCCCAUUUCGUCUAAGGACGGCCUGCUGUAACGCCGAUAAUGUUGGCCUAAAAACCCCUCCAUUAUUGAUCUGUCCCUCAUUGAAGCUCUCAAGGUAUUCUUAUAGUAUCCUAUCUUUUCAAUCUAUACAGUGGACCAGUUAAAUUUUUUUAUAUAUAUGAGGUUUGAAUCUGACCAACAAGGAUUUAAUCUGACGUAUAUAUAAGUUUUAGCGAUAUGAUCUAAAUAUUUCUCGCAUAUGUUAGACAUAUCGUACAUAUACAUGUGUGCGUCAGUACAUCCUUUUUGCAUGUGUCCUGUGAACGUAUAAUAUAUUUUGCCAAUAAACGGAAAAUGUGAAAUAAUUUGUAUAUGUAAGCUAUUUCCGUGAAAUAUCGUGACACUCGACAUUAUAUUCAAAUGAAAAAUUACAUGAUCAAAUAAGAUGCAUGGGUUGCAUCCUUCUUUUAUUGGAUUUUGACAUCAGAUAGUUGUAUCUUAAAUACUAAAAUUUUAAUAUUUGAUAUUUAUCUUAUGAAGUUUAAAAUUUUAAAUAUCAAGAUAAAUGUUGUUUUUCAGACCACUACGCGUAUUAAAAUUGUAGAAGAACCAAUCUGCCUAAUGAACACGUCAAUCCUUGAAGGAAACUUACAUAUACAAAAUCGAUUAGAGUUAUAACCGGUAAAAUCCAUAAUCAAGUUUAGUCGGGCUUUGGUUGGGAAAUGUUACAAAACUGUCUUAGUUAAUCUUUCCAUUUUUCAGAAAAAGACAUAAUAUAAGGGAAUCAGGUCUAUGCUGAUGAUAUAUGUCACUACACAAUCGAUUUAUUGAUCAAUAAUUAGUUGGUAGUGAAUAAUUGAAGUUAGUAUAUAGCCUCAGAAGUCAGAUCACAACUCUCGUGAUGUUUGUUUGGCUUUUUUAUUUUCUGUCACAUAUUUCCUAAUUAUAUUCUUAUGGACUUGUUCUAUUCUUAAUGGGUAGGAUCAUAUUCGUACCCAAAAGCUGGUAAUUUAUUUAGUGAAUGAUUUGAUUAUUUGUUCCUGAUUUUCAAAUUAUCUCUGUUUGGAGAUGAGAUUACAAAAGUUGUCAAUAAAAAGAAAGAAAAAUGAGAUUACAUAACGACUAUUGUUCUUCAUAUUGCAAAGCAUCAACACUGAUCCGAAUCUAAGUAUCGUAGCUAAUUACAAUUUUAUACAUAAUAUACAAAUGGUACUUCUUAGACACAAUCAAAUCACAAGUUGAUAUUUUCUAUAAUCAUAAUCGUUCUCUCAUAUACCAAGUUACACAUCCGACAUGUAUCAUCAAGAAGUCCUAAACUAUUAUUUCGUAUCCAGUAAAUAGUUUUUGUUGGGGAUAUAAUCAAAUUCAUAAAUGAUAAAUUAAUUACUUAUUUAGUUAUAUAUAUUUCUAAAAACAUUAUAGCAAAAAUAUAUUUCUAAAAACAGUAGAAAAAUUCUGGUGUAGCAAGAAUAGUCAUCUAAAUAAACAUAAUGGAAAGAUCACAUGCAAUGAAAAUAUUAAAACCCACGUGAUUCAAUAAACACCAAUCUUAACAGAAAUCGUGAUCUUAUAAUAGAAAAAUGUCAAUAAUGAUAUCCACCCUUUUUAUUUUUGCAGAUGGUGGUUACAAAAUUGGGAAAGCACAAUGUGAUGGUUUAGACAACCACCUAACCAAACCAGGGUGGUGCUGUGCCAACAACGACGGUAAUGGUUUCUUCGGUGACAAGUUCUUCGAUCCCACCGUAUGGACCGCAGCUUUGAGUAAAAUGGCAGCAACUUUCAACGGCGUCUCUAAUGUCGUUGGCAUGAGUCUAAGGAAUGAACUUAGAGGAACUAAACAAAACGUUAACGAUUGGUUCAAGUACAUGCAACAAGGAGCGGAAGCAGUUCAUUCAGCAAACAAGAACGUACUUGUAAUCAUGUCCGGUCUCAGUUUCGACACUGACCUCUCUUUCCUUAUGCCGCGACCCGUCCAUCUAUCUUUCACCGGAAAACUCGUCUUCGAGCUCCACUGGUAUUCAUUCUCUGACGGAAACUCAUGGUCGACCAAUAACUCCAACGAUAACUGCGGUCAGGUUCUAAACCGGAUAAGAAAUAAUGGCGGUUUUCUCCUUAACCAAGGCUUUCCCUUGUUCCUCAGCGAAAUUGGUAUAGAUGAAAGAGGAGGAAACGUUAAUGAUGAUCGCUAUUUUGGAUGUCUAACCGGUUGGGCGGCCAAAAAUGAUGUCGACUGGUCACUAUGGGCCCUAACCGGAACUUAUUACUUAAGACUAGGCGUGGUCGGGUUGAAUGAGUAUUAUGGUGUGCUGGAUUCGGAUUGGAUUAGUGUUCGAAACUCAAGUUUCUUGCAAAAGAUCUAUCUUCUUCAAUCUACACUUCAAGGUGCUUAAAUAAGAUUUGAUUAAGUUAUUAAUUAUUUUUUGUUACAUUUUAGUUUCUGAAUUGAUUUGGUUUUACUAGGACCGGGCCCUCGAACUGAUGCUUACAAUCUGGUUUUCCAUCCGUUAACCGGACUUUGCCUGGUAUGUUCUCUCAAGGACACGGCAAUGCUCACUCUUGGUCCGUGCAAUAGUUCCGAACCAUGGAGCUUCACUAAGAAAACAUUACGAAUCAAGGACCAGCCUUUGUGUUUACAGAGUAACGGACCAGAAAAUAGGGUUACCAUGUCUCGGACGGGUUGUUCGAGAAUCGAGAUGGCAGACUAUCUCAGCCUCUAGGAUGCACUUAGCUUUGACAACAAGUAAGAAUAAUUCUCUUUGCCUUGACGUGGACGCAACCAACAAUAUCCUGGCUAAUCCUUGCAAGUGUCUGAGUAAGGACAGUUCGUGUCAGCCAAUGAGCCAGUGGUUCAAGAUCAUUAACGCUACCAGGCCAUUGGAGAGCUCGAAACUGUACAAACAGUUGGAGAAUCUGUCUCCCAGAUCGGAUAUGUUGUAAAGCUCUUUGACUUGCUAAAAAAGCUAUUAAAAAUAAGAUAAAAAAUGUCUUCGUUUAAGAUAAGAAAAUAAUAAAAAAGAUUAGGAUUUCUUGUAAAAUCCAUAUCUUAAUUACAGAACUAAAGAUUAGCUAGUACAAAUCUUUACAAAAAAAAAAGAUUUAGCUAGUACAAAUCUUUACAAAAAAAAAAGAUUAGCUAGUACAAAUAUUUUUACUCCUCAAUAUCUUUCUAUCAUUUCAGUGAAACACACUUGAGUUAGCUACCUUCUCACGCAAACAACACAAAA